UAGACGCCUCAUCGAUAUAUUCGUCUGCUGUGCAACUCGAGUCAUAUAUUACUUAGUAAUAUAGCUACAGUAACAACCAAAGUACUUCUGAUAUCGAUAGAAAGUUUCAAAGGAAAAACAUUUUAGUUUCAUUUUGUUGCUGAGUCAUAACAACUACUGGAGUACAUAUUUUUAAACUUUCAUUUUAUUGUACCUGACUAUUGAGUUCCGUGUUUUUACGUCGAUAAAACGAAAGUUGCCUUUAUUAUUGAUUGUUGACGAAUUUUACGGAUUAUUAACAAUUAUUUAUUUACCUCUCACUUUGUAACCACAACAGUUUGUUUUCUUUUGUCUGUCAUAUAAUAUGUUCAAAGUUCGAAAAAUCGCCAAAAACGGUUAACGUGACCAUUAAUUAGAAACAAUCUACCGUCAUUGGUAGGUGGUUUAAGAAAUAUAAAUGCAGUAGACAUUCAUAGGCAUAAUUUUAUAUUGAUAAACACACGCACCUCUCUCUCUCACUAUAUAUUUAUAUAUAUGUGUGUGUGUGUGUAUAUAUAUAUAUACACACUCACACACACACAUUCUAACAGGUCAAGCACACAAGUGUACAUACACAAAGAACGACAAAAACAGCUCACACAACGCGCAUACAGAAAACGUUUACCGUUUCAGGAACGUAGAGAGAAAGAGAGAGAGACAGUGCAAAAAAGAAAAAAAGAAAUACAGAGUGGGAGAGAAAGUGAUAGAAAGAGUAAGAUAGAACCAAAGAGAGAAAGAGCAAAAAAUAGAGAGAGAGGGAGUGAGAGAGAAAGAGAUGAUUGAAAGAUGGCGGAGAGUUCUAGUAAUACUAUCAAAGUGCUGGCUCCUGGCCGCAUUAGAAUCAUGAAAUGGAAGGUGCGGAAAGGUAGUAAAGUAUCUCAAGGAGCUCUUCUAGGAUUUUACAAAUUAGUAAACACCAGUGAGAAACCUCCAGACGAAGAAAACAUUUGUAAUAUAAAGGAUGACGACACUGUUAGUCUGCAGAAACUGAAAUCAAGCCAUGUUGGCACAGUUUUAGAAGUCGUUGCCCAAGAGGGACAAGAUUUAGAAAAAGGCAUGGUGGUUAUACACAUUGAAGCCUGCACCCAUCCUACUGUAAUGAAAGACAUGUGUGCUGAUUGUGGUGCUGAUCUUAGGAAUGAAAUGGGUGUAUCCGGUGAUCGAAAAGAAACAGUCAGUGCUACUGUAGCUAUGGUUCAUAGUAUUCCAGAACUUAUUGUCAGCGAGGAGCAAGCCUUGGAACUGGGUCGAGCUGAUGAAAUUCGUUUGAAAAACACCAGAAAACUUGUUCUUCUCGUUGAUUUGGAUCAAACUUUGAUACAUACAACUAAUGAUGACAUACCACCAAACUUAAAGGGUGUUCACCAUUUUCAACUCAGACAUGGUAUGAACUUACUCUGGUACCAUACUCGACUUCGGCCACACACUUUACAGUUCUUAGAAAACAUUUCCAAACUGUAUGAACUGCACAUAUGUACAUUUGGUGUACGUAUGUAUGCACAUACUAUUACUCGGUUUAUAGAUCCUGCUGGCAAGUUUUUCUCACAUCGAAUCCUAUCAAGAGAUGAAUGCUUCAAUGCGAUGUCCAAGACUGCAAACUUAAAAGCUUUGUUUCCAUGUGGUGACUCAAUGGUGUGUAUCAUUGAUGACAGAGAAGAUGUGUGGAACUAUGCGCCUAACCUAAUCCAUGUCAAACCAUAUCGUUUUUUCCAAGGAACUGCUGAUAUUAAUGCCCCACCAGGUUUAUCCAAGAAGGAAAAUGAUAGCAAACCAAUCACACAUCGUGUACGAAGAGUAUCAUGUAACAUUGAUGAGGAUGAAAAAGAUUUAUGUGUUGAUGAUGAAGAGGAUGAGAAAAAAGAUAAUGAUGGUGCCUCAGAAGACCAAAAUGACCCUAAAAGAGAUCUUGAAACAGAAUCUGAUACAAUUUCUAAUGCUGACAACGGUGUUAAGAAUGUCAGUAAAGACGGUAAAACAGAUACUAGUGUUGCUAAAACUAAAUCUGCCACUGUUGCUGGUAGUGAUGUUGAUGAUGCCAAUGCCAAAACUGAUGCUUGUAGUGAUGUUGAUGAUACCAGUUCCAAGGCUAGUGCUUGCAGUGAUGUUGAUGAUGCCAGUUCUAAGGCUGGUACUUGCAGUGAUGUCGAUGAUACCAGUUCUAAGGCAGGUACUUGUAGUGAUGUUGACGAAGCCAGUGCUAAAACUGGCAAAAUACAAACAAAACCCUCAAGUGAGGAAAAAAAUUCCAAGACUGAAGAGAAUGAAGAAAUUGAGUGGGAUGAUGAAGAUGACUAUCUGUUUUACUUAGAAGAAAUUCUAAAUAGAAUCCACAAAGCAUACUUUGAUAUUAGUGAUCAGCUUAAUAAGAAUGAAGGGGCUUCUAACAUUCCUGAUACUAAUUUAGACUUAAAAGCUAUCAUUCCCUAUGUACGACGUAAAGUUUUACAGGGCUGCAAUAUCUGCUUCAGUGGUAUAAUACCUCUGAAUAUGCCAAUUGAAAAAUCUCGGCCUUACAAUAUUGCUAAAUCUUUGGGAGCUAACAUACAUUUAAAUUUUAUACCAUAUUCUUCAUCACACAAAAACAAUUACACAACGCAUUUAAUAGCAAAUAAACUGGGAACAACAAAAGUUCAUGCUGCUAAACGCUCCCAAAUGGGGCAUAUUGUCACUCUAGAUUGGCUCUGGGUAUGUUGUGAGCGAUGGGAAAGAGUUGAUGAACGUUUAUUUCAAUUAAGUGAAAAAAUCCCUUUAGAACCAAGACUCUCACGAAUGAAUUUAAAUGUUGGUAUGAAAAGACAAAAUUCAAAGUCUCUUAAAAGAAAAUGUAAGUCAGUUGAUUGUGAUGUAGCAGAGAAGAAACUUAAGCAAGAUGAUGAUGAUGAUGUUGAUGAGGAUGAAGAUGAGGAUGAUGAUGAGGAUGAUGAUGAUGAUGAUGAGGAUGACGAUGAUGACGAUGAUGAUGGUGUUGAGAGUUCAGAAGAUGAAGAUGAUGCUAUUGAAAUUGAGGAUGACGAUGAUGAUGAUAUAUUUGAUGAAGAAAUUGGUGCAAUUCAAAAGAAAGUUGCUGAAAAAGGCAAAGAGUCUUCAAAAAAUAGUAACACCAGAUACAAUCCUUUGUACUCCUUUUCAGAUGAAGAACGAGCAAGCAUGGACAAAGAAUUAGAAGAAUUAAUGGGUGAAGAUGAUAGUGAUUCUGAUGAGAAGGAAGCUGAAGCUCAACUACGGAAGCAGGUAUUGCUAGAUCGUAAACCUGAAACUUCAUCAGACGAAAGUCUGUCAGGUGAGUUCCCUCUUGGAUGGAAAAGUAAGCAAUGGCGAAAACGGAGAUCACAAAAAAAGAAAGUAGUCAUAAAACGAGAAGAAUCUGAAGACACAGAAAAAUCUGAAGAGAGUACGGAAGGAACAUGUGAUAAAUUCACUGAAUCCCAAGUGGUUUCUGAAUGCAGCAGUAGUAGUAACUUAGACUCUGAAUAUGAUUCAAUAGGUUCUGUAGAUGAAGAAAUUGCUAAAGCAGUAGAACAAAAGUUUCUAGAAAGAUGAUUGGAAAGUUUAAAAAAGACUGACAUUUUUAUUCUCCCCACCUUCCAUCAUUUUGUCUUGUUAGGAAGACUUCAUGUACAUAAUUGAACUGACUUCAUUUCAUUCACAUGUAUUACAUAAAUAGUUCAGCAUAAGAUAAAAUUGAUAGGAUUAAGUAAUGUUUCAUUUAAUCAUUGAACAUAAUUUCAUUAGACAUUCAAACAUAUACAUUAGCGCUUAUUUUUUUAUCUCAAUUUAUGUUUUGAAGUCACUUUAGUUUUAAAAGAAUAGUUUAUAGAAAUUUCUAGAAUAAUUUUGAAGAACCCCGUUAGAUUACUAAACAAAUUUGUGAGUUGUCAUCUCAUUGUCUUUGUGAUGAUAAGAUAGGGAUAAAACUGGAAAUAUUCAAAGUAGCUUAUGUUAAUUUUAAGACAUUCAUUUGCUUUACAGGAAGAUUUGUAGAUUGUCUAAAACAAUGGUAGAGGCUGAAAGAAAUAUCUUAGAAACCACACAUAGCAUACUCAGUUGUAGGUAUUUUAAAUAUAAUUGAUAGAAAUGUGGAUGGAGCAAAGUCCCAUCUCGACCCAGAGUAACGUGGUGGUGGAACAAUGUGGUUGACAGGGCUAUUAGACAAAACAAACAGGCUUGGAGGGACUGGA